GAGAGAGCUGCCUGGCCUGCUAAGGGAGCUGGGAGGCCUACAGGAGGACCACCUCGGCCACAGUUUGGGAAGUGACGUGGGAGCUUGAAUCCUGCAUCCCUGCAGGAGCACACAGGGUACUGCUCACCGCUGAGCUGCCUCCUGGAGCCAUGGAAAGUGUCUGUCUCUUCCUGCUGGCGAGUCUGCUGUGCUUCAAGCAGGCCCAGAGCCUGCAGUGCUACACCUGCGCUGACUUCAGAGACACCAGCAAGUGUCCUUCCAUCACGUGUCCAGCCGAACAUAAGGUUUGCUUUAAGGGUGAGGUAACCACAACCCUGGCUGAUGGCACUGGGAACAAGAUCAGGUCACAGUACAGGAGCUGUGCUCCUUCCUGUGAGGCCAUUUCGAAGGUGAUCGAGGGGCUUCAGGAGGCCACAGCCAUCCAAACCAAAGCAGAAGGACUGACUACGCUGAACCUUCCGAAGAUGGACAUUAAGGUUUUGACCUGCUGUGACAAGAACCUCUGUAAUGGGGCAGGCCAGACAAACCACAGCCCAGUGGCCCUGGCUGGGGGUAUUCUGCUCAGCCUGGGGUCCACCCUCCUCUGGGCCCUGCUGUAACGACCCUUUUGCAACUCAGACACAGGGUUCCUCCAGAAAGCAAAGAAGGGGCCUUGUUACUGGUCACUAAUUUCACCUGACACACAGUAGGUUCAACCUGAAGCUCGCUCUCUUAUACACAUACACACACACACACACACACACACACA